AAUGACGAUGACGAGUCAGUCGGUCGGCCAUCUAACCCGAUCUCGCUCGUUGAGUCGGUAGAUUAUUUUUAUUUAUAAGUAGCGCGUUGCCAGCGGCAAACGCGACAUCAAUCACCGCGUAAUGACCCUGUGACGUGAUAAUAUGAAUAGAGACUCACAAGAAACCUCAGCGGAAGCCGCCCGGGCGGUCCACGUGGAUCAAUAUGAUGGAUCAGACAUGGAACAUUCAAAACUUCUGUAUUCACAAUCGCCGACACCGACUGUUACGCCAUCUGGUCAGAUGCGAAAAGUGAAAAGCUUUACCGAUACGCAUCGCAUUCGAGAUGUCAAUGCUGCAUCAGGUGCAGCGUCUGCGAGAAGCCUUCGCCCUUACGACCAAGUGACCACGUACCCCGAGGGUUCCGAUGCCGGCACAAACCAAUAUGCCCCAUCCGUCCGAUCCCUCGCUUCUAUUGGCAUGGGAUGCACGGACGGCCGGAAAAUGGUUAUAAGACGCGUUCCAACUUCACCAACUGAACUAUUUCAUCUUGUUCGUCCUCCUACGCCUCCCGAUGAAGAUACUGCGUCACACGAAAGUGAUUGCGGGGAAGAAGAGGAGGAUGCGGAAACCGUCCACUUGAAGCCGAGGAGACCGUUUUGGGCGAACAAAAUACAAUUUGUUUUAGCAUGUGUGGGAUACUCCGUAGGGCUGGGCAAUGUGUGGCGCUUCCCAUAUCUUUGUUAUAAAAGUGGGGGAGGUGCUUUCCUCAUUCCAUACUUCAUAAUACUCCUGGUGUGUGGUGUGCCCAUGUUGUUUAUGGAAUUAGCUAUAGGCCAGUAUACGGCACACGGACCUAUCGGCGCCCUCUCACAAAUAUGCCCAUUGUUUAAAGGUGCUGGCCUCGCAAGUGUAGUAAUCUCGUUUUUAAUGUCCACGUAUUAUGCAGUUAUAAUAGCAUGGGCAAUAUAUUAUUUCUUUACAUCGUUUAAAUCUGAAGUUCCCUGGGCGACAUGUUCGAACCGAUGGAACACACCUUACUGCUGGAUUCCAAAUCACAACAUAACUAAACCGAAUGGUUCACAGACACCCACCGAACAAUUCUUCGAGAAAAAAGUACUAAAUAUGAGCGACGGAAUAGAAUUUCCCGGGAGCAUGCGAUGGGAACUUGCGGCUUGCUUGGUUUGUGCUUGGUUACUUGUCUACUUUGCCCUGUGGAAAAGCAUAAAAUCUUCAGCAAAAGUUCGAUACAUAACGACGACGUUGCCUUUCCUACUAAUAAUAGUAUUUCUUGGCCGUUCUCUAACUCUCGAAGGCGCCGACCAAGGGCUAAGAUUCUUUUUUAAGCCAGAUUGGGAAUUAUUGAAACAAUCAAGGCCAUGGGUAAAUGCAGCGUCACAAAUCUUCAAUUCCAUAGGAAUUGCGUUCGGAUCUAUGAUCAUGUUUGCUUCGUACAAUCGCUUCGACAACAACUUUCUACACGAUACGCUGGCCGUAUCGCUAGUCAAUGCAGUAACAAGUCUUAUUGUUGGGAUAUUCACAUUUGCUACCAUAGGAAAUAUUGCGACUGAACAAAAUACAAGCGUUAAAGAUGUUAUCGCUGACAGUCCUGGACUUCUAUUCGUGGUAUAUCCACAGGCUAUUGCAAAGAUGCCAGCGCCUCAGUUAUGGGCUGUUUUAUUUUUCUUCAUGUUUCUAUGUCUUGGAUUAAACAGUCAGUUUGCUAUAGUCGAAGUAGUUGUUACUUCUAUUCAAGACGGUUUCCCUGACAUGAUACGAAGACGACUCGUGUAUCACGAACUGUUAGUACUACUAGUAUGCGGUAUAUCGUUAGUCUUUGGUUUGCCGCAUAUUAUACAGAGUGGUAUAUACGUAUUCCAGCUGAUGGAUUUCUAUGCGGCAUCUCUAAGCAUAACAUAUCUCGCUUUCUUUGAAGUAGUAGCAAUUGCAUGGUUUUAUGGCGUUGAAAGGCUAUCCAGGAACAUAAAGCAAAUGACAGGUCAACGGCCAUCUUUAUACUUCCGCUUCUGUUGGCUAAUAGCUGCACCUGCCUUGCUAUUAGCACUCUGGGUUGCAAGUAUGGUGGAUUACACCCCGCCUAGUUACCGACAAUACCAAUAUCCUGCAUGGGCGCAGGCUAUAGGCUGGAUUAUCGCAUCUCUUUCGUUGUUGUGCAUUCCUGGAUAUGCACUUAUUAUUAUAAUAAGAUCGCCAGGAAAAACAAUUGGAGAAAAAUUACGUAAUUCAAUUCGCCCCACAUUCAUGUGCGAUUGUGGCGUCAAUGGUUGUGAUAUAUGCUGCUCGGAAUCUGAACCUCCCGAUGAUAAAGCAACUAUCGACUAGUCUUCAAACUACGUUUACAUAAAUAUAUUAAUUUCUAUAAAGUGUCAUAAUUAGCCUAUUAUAGUAAAGCGGGUGUUCACACCAACACACUUGUGAUAUGAAAAAUAAACAAGACGAAGGUGAUAAACCGAACAUUCCUCCAUCAUAAUUAUCAUUCAUUUUGUAAUGAGAUAGAGAUCACACUUGACCUCAAACUAUAGUGUUUGCUUUGUAACAGUGACAUAGUUAAAUGCACUCGAAUUGAAGGGUUGAAAGGUACUCUAAAGUACCUUUUUGAAGGAUCUGUAAAUAUAUAGUAACUUAUUCUAUUUUUGUAACAUUUAAUGGAAAAUAGGCGUUGAUCAAUGCAAUCCCAUACAAUACAGGUAGUUUUAGAACAAUAAUGAAAUUAACUUACCCCUAUAAUAUGUAUUUUAUAUUGAAAUUUAAUUUUUAAGUUAAUAUUUACAGCAUAAUUGUUACUACUUACAUACCUAUAAUAAAAAAAAAUAUUUGAGAAAUCAUCAUUUUGCAAACAAGUAAUGAUAUAAAUGUAAUACUCACAAGGUUUUAUUUAUGUGUACUACCUAUUUACAUCUUUUUAAAAAAUAUAUAAAAUUAUGUGAAUAACUGCCAAUUGAUUAUACCAGUAGGAAUUAGCACUAAAUAUUCUGUGAUUUAAGCAUUCCACAUAACAUUCUAAAACUUAGAUUUAAUAAAUAUCUUAAGUGUAAGUAUUUAUUCUUAUUAUGGUAAAACCAUACAAAAUGUAUCUGUACUCAAUGGGAAUGUUUAGUGAUCCUAUUAAUUAAUCAUUCAUAAAGAAAUAAAAUAAAUGAAUGAAACAAGUACAAUUUGGAGCUUAAUAAGUUGACUUUGUGUCAAAUGAACAAUAAGUCUGUUAAUUAGUGAAAAUAAAUACUAAAAUCAAUA